AUGCGCUUCCAAUCUCUUCUUUGGGGAGGACUCCUGAGCAUCUCGGGUGUCCUCGCUGCCCCUACUGCAAACUCGGUGAACCAAGAGCCUCCUACCCUCGUCAAGCGUGCUGCUCCUCCUUCCACGUUCUCCAACAACGUCAUCUUCUCUCCCCCUUCAAACGCCGGAUGGACAGACCCUCGAGUCCUGUACGCCCGUGCCAUCCAGCUUUCAGAUGGCUCUCUUCUUUCUACCUGGGAGAACUACUCACCUGAGCCUCCGUUGGUCUACUUCCCCAUCUACCGAUCUACUGAUGGUGGUGUCAAGUGGACUCAGGUUGGAAAGGUCCAGGAUACUGUCAACAACUGGGGUCUGCGAUACCAGCCAGACCUCUACGAGCUGCCCAAGGCCAUUGGCAAAUUCCCUGCUGGAACUAUUCUCUGCACUGGAAACAGCAUUCCCACGGAUCUGAGCAAGACCAAGAUCGAUGUUUAUGCUAGCACUGAUAAGGGAAAGACCUGGAAGUUUGCCAGCAGCAUUGCUUCGGGCGGCGAAGCGAGACCCAACAAUGGUCUUACCCCAGUUUGGGAGCCUCACAUGAUGGUGUACAAGGACAAGCUCGUGUGCUAUUACGCAGAUCAGCGUGACCCUAAGCAUGGCCAGAAGCUCUCUCACCAAACUACUUCCGAUCUUCUCAGCUGGUCCGCACUCGUCAACGACGUUGCUGACAGCAACUACAACAACCGCCCAGGCAUGCCAGGAAUCCAACUCCUUCCCAACGGCCAGUACAUCUUCGUCUACGAGACCUGCGGCCCGCCAGGCUGCCGAAUCUUCUACCGCUUGACCUCCGACCCUCUCAACAUUCUUGCCGCCAAGGAGAUCGCUCUCGUUUCUAGCAAGGGUACCCGGCCCGUCAGCUCGCCUACUGUUGUGUGGACCUCGGCUGGAGGAGCCAACGGAAGCAUCAUCGUCAGUGCUGGAAGCCAGUCACAGAUCUUUGUCAACAAGAACCUUGGUGCCGAGAGUUCCUGGGUUGAGUUCGCCACUCCCCAGCCUAAUGCGUACACCAGAGGACUUAUGACUUACAAGGAGGACCCUAACCUUUUGCUCAUUAUUGGUGGAGGUUGGUUGCCACCUAGCAGCACCAACACGGUCAGCUUGAGUGUUAUUGAUCUGAAGAAGACUGGGCUGUAG